AUGGGCCACUCCCACUCGCAACCCACGCCCCUCACGCUCCCCCCCUCCCUCACCAACAACCACCCGCUCCCCACCCGCAUCUCAGCCGCCUACCAAAAAUCCUGGACCAAAAUCACCAUCCUCCUCCACGACGCCUCCACCCCUACCAACAACCCCACCACCCCCACCUACACCAUCACCCUCCCCCAAGGCUGGUACGGCGCCAUGACCAUGCACGCCACCAACCCCAACAACCCUGACCCCGACUCCGCAACACCCCUCGCCAAAGCCGACCCGGCCGGGCGGAUGCGACAGGAUUUUGCCGUGGGGCUGCCCGCGCUGGGGAAGGGCGGGGUGCAGCGGGCGGAGGUGUUGCGGUAUGUGGUGGGGUGGCGGCAUGAGGUGUACUGGUUUGCGAUGGCGGUGGGGGGCGGAGGUGGGAGCAGUGCGGGGGUGGAGAGGUUUGAGUGGCGGCGGUCGAGGGGCGGGGAGGUGAAGGGGGUGGAGGGGGGCAGUGGGUGGGGGUGGAAGUUGGUGAGGGUUGGAGGGUCGGGGGGGUCGGGGGGGCAGGGGAAUGGGUAUGGGGGAGAUGAGGGGGGGGGAUGGGUUGACGAGCGAUGGGAAGGAGGUGGUGGCGGUGUGGGCGAAUCCGGGGACGCUGAGUUUUUCGAAGCUGGGGCAGUUUGA